CCUCUUCUCUACUACUUAUGUAUUAUUUUGUUAUACGAAAAGUUUGUAUCCUCAAGUAUCCUGAGAUAAAAUACACUUAAUUUCCAACUCAAAACUCAUUCAUUCAUUAAUUUUGAAUAAAAAGUCGAUAUUGUUAUAAAUAAUAUCACUUUGUAUCCGUACUUUAACUGCUUAAUCGAUUCAAACAAAAUAAACAAACUACAUAAUCAGUCACACAGGAUCCUAUCAGAAUGGAAGUUGAUGUUAAAGCAGAGGCUGAAGCUGAAAAAGAUUCUGGUAUGCAGUUGCAGUGUAAUGGUCAGAAGCAGGGUAUGCCAUUUAUAACAUGUAAAAUUGAACCAGAAGAUGACCCAGUCACUGAGGAGCAAUUCACCACAAACACUGUGAUAACUGAGGAUGAUAAAGACGCCAUCCCUUCCCUUGGUUGUGAUGAUAAAGCUGUGUUACCCGGGCCUAGUCAGAACAUCAUGGAUGUAUGUUUUGUUAAGGAAGAAACAGUGAUAAAUCCUGGAAAUCCUUCGGGCCAUUCUGACGUAUGUGUUCCAGUGGUACAAGACAUUAACGACGUGCAUAAUCCCAAUACAAUCACUCCAGACACGGACGGACUCCUUAUAGAGAGAAUAAAAACGACAAAAAGCGGUCGUCCUACAAAACGUAAACUAGGUCGACCAAAAACUUCUGACAAAUCCCGUGCAGAGCAACAACGUGAAGCUAGGAAGCGAUACAAACAAGCACAUCCAGAAGUAGUGCGACAGGCUCAGAAACGUUAUGCAGCCAAGCACCCUGAAGUGAACCGGGCAGCAGUCAAACGUUAUACAGAAAAGCAUCCUGAAGUGAACCGGGCAGCUGCUAAACGUUAUGCAGAGAAACAUCGCGAAGUGAAUAGGGCAGCUGUAAAACGGUAUGCAGCGAAGCACCCUGAAGUGCACCGGGCAGCUGCAAAACGUUAUGCAGCCAAACAUCCGGAAGUGAAUAGGGCAGCUUCAAAACGGUAUGCGGAUAAAGUCAAAGACAAAGUCAAAAAUGAAAUGCUUUUAUUCAACGGAUAUGGAGUGCAAGAUCUGCAAGAAACGUUUUGGGUGGAUGUACCUGACGAGCUUGAGAUCACAUACGAGCAAAACGAUCCUUUGCAAUGUAACAAAUGAAAGCCGACAUCAGCUGAGGCAGCACCAGCUGUCCCAUGAGAGUUAUGUUGCAAAUGCAAAGUCAUGAAAAGCCAUUUGAGUGUAAACUUUGCUAUAAAAGAUUUAAAACAAGACAUACCUUGGAGAAAUAUGAUCGCAUCCAAACCGGUGCGUUCGCGUGUAACUUGUGAAAUAAACCAUACUUAUACACACGGCUGAAAAGCGAUACAUGAGUGAUGUCUGCAGUAGCACAUUUGCGAAAUAUAAUUAGGUAGAGAAUCACAUCGUAAUCAAUCAUAGGUUUAUUAAAUAAAUAACGAUAAUUUAAUAACAAACAUUACAGUCGUUUAUUUUUAAUUUUAGCAUCUAAUUAUAGUUCAGCCAUGAGACUUUUCGCGUGUACAUGCACUGGAAAAUCUAUCAUUACAAAUAUCACUCUUAAAAGGUUUUUGCCCAGUAUUUUGUUCUCAAGUGUUUCUAUAAAUAAUAUACUACAAAUAUUUCGUUAUUAUAAUAUUCGUAUUUUCGUUUAUUAUUUAAUAACCAAGAGCAUUUGGUCAAAAAACCCACUUUAAAAUCCAUAUGAGAAGGCACACCAACGAAAAGCUAUAUAGGUACUUGUAAUGUUUUUUCUUGUACUUUUACUUUAAA